AUAUUUCGUUAGAAUACUCAUGUAGUAUUUUUUAAAUGGUCAAGUUUCAAUCAAAUAUUUUUAUUGUAGAUUAUUGCAUGCUUUAGUGGCCCAAAAUUACAGUUAUGGAUAAAGUUUGGAUUGAUAAAGCUCGAUACGACAAUGCAGAAAAAUUGUAUUAUGAACGGUUGUGUAACGUUACCAAGCCGAACAACUGCAGCUUUUUAGUGUCCGAAAUUGCGAAAGCUAGAGAGCAUAUACAAAGCUCAUUGGAGAAGGGUGGACCUCAGACGCCUAUCCCGUCAUAUUGUUCAAACGCUCCAAACUCAAACGCUCUGGCUGAGAAGCCUGCGAAUAUGGGAGCAAAGAAGAAAUUCUCGAAGAAUAAGCAAACACGUGACUUUACCCGCAUGGAAAAGAAACGCGGGGUUAUGUCGACGAAGAAUGAUAAGGAUACGAAAGAGGCACUUUACGAUCAACUAUUCUAUGUAUAUAAAAAUGUUAGCGCUGCACUCAAAUCGAUACCUCUCUCUCUUGCUCCCCGUACCAUAGUUCUACCAAUUACCUCUAGAGCUGUUGGUUUCAUUAUUCGCCAUUUCAUAUCAAAGCUUUCUCGUCUACAGAUGCCAAACAUUAAUCUGUUACCCUUAUGCCACGCGUUGUAUCGAGUGACACUAUUACAAUUAGAUAUGAAGUUGAAUGGUGCAAUGGAAGGGCAAUGUUGUCGUAAUGUAGGAGGACAAGAAUUCGUUUAUACUGACGUGCCCGACAAUUUUGGACGCGCCAUCCUAGGCCUAGAUGCAGGAAUAGCACCCUUGAUCAAUUUGAUCCACUCCAUCGGUUAUCUUAAACUACCGGCUACAGCGUAUCUACCACGCUAUGGAGUAUGCCGACCUACCGAUCCGUCAAACGUGAGAUUUGCAAAUCUGCGUACGACCGUUAUGGCAAUGGCCACGGACGCAAUCGCCGCGAACAUUCGUCGCCGUUUCUUCGAAAGAAACCCAAUUCCUGGAGCUAUAUGGCGUGAAGCAGGAGAAGGAAGACGUCGUCGAGCAGAUGGAGCCCAACCAAACCCAAGUGUUCUUCAGAAUGCAGCGGAUAUAAUGCCACAAGUCUGGAGUAGUCAACUAUGCUGGAUCCGGCACCAUGGGACAACUUGUAUCAUCUGAAGUUAUUCCAAUACGAUGUCCAUCUUUUGAAGCUACAGUGACAGGCACUGUCGAGUCCAUUUAUGGCGAAUAUGACCAUUUCUGGUCUCUUAAGUCGUUAUCUGAGCCUGAAUUCUUUAUGGGCGUGAUGUAUCUAACUGGUGAAUGUUACCAGAGUGAUUUCGCUGCUGCUUCAGCACCACGUCGUAAACAAGCCGCUGUGCAGGAAGGAUAUUUAGAUUAUGCGACAGUCCUUGAAAACAUGAUGAACUUGUGAGUUCAGCGUUUUGUGGUUCUUUCCCCUAGCUUAAUGGAUAAAGUGCUUUAUUCGAAGAUGUGCGUCCUGGUUCGAAUCCACCACGCGGUGAGGUGCAAUUGUCCUCUGAAGCAGAGGCUGUAGGAAAGAUGAUUUAACUACAAAACUUAUUGUUUGUGAAUGUCAAUCCUUGAUCUGUGGAAGAUAAGGCCUGCAGUGGCAAGCUGCCUGCCCACUGCUCACCUUCAUUAGGUACUUGGACUUGCUCUUGCUGUCAUAGAUGGGUUUGUGGCUCAAUAAACUUUGUUAGGGUCAAAGUGCCUCCCUCUUCUAUGCUGUGAGCCUAUCUAUUUUUUAAUAAAAGAAAUAAUAAUACAAAUA